GGCAGGGGCAAAAUCUAAACAAGAUAUUAUCGGUACUAUACAGUCGAGCUUGUAAAGUCUUCAACCCGAACUCCACAAUCGCUUUUUCUCUCCAUUGAAGAUUAAUUGACGGUUCAACUCACAUUUUCUCUCCUCCUUUGCUCGAUUCUCUCUCUCUCUCUUGUUCUCAUGUAUUUUUCACAAGGUCUGUGGUUGAUGGAAUUACCAAGUGCAUUUUGCAAUGGCAUUCUCUCCUUCCUCAAGUGGCACAUUGGAUAUGAGCCCUUAUUAAUGCAUUAUAGCAGUUUGUUUAGUGGAGAAUGCCAAAGAUUUUGACAUAGCAAUAUAAAAAUCUGGAUCAUAAUUCAAGAGUAAAGAGUCUCUUAAACUUUGGAGUGUUUUUCUGCUGAAUCCUCCUGAUGCUCAAAUUACUUCAUUGUCAUUAUGGAGUGAAGGUCUGGUUUGGAAGCAAGAUACAUCCCUUUCAUGCAUGAAAAGGCUAAACAAUGCAGUUUGGUUGGUUGGAACAAAUGCUUACAAGUACAUAAUCUGAAUGUACUUCUCAACGUGAUAGAAAAGCUGAGAAAGUAUAUAAGAUGGUGGACCAUUUGUGUAUAGCAAUUGACUUUUUCUAACAAUAUGAAGAAGUUUCAGAUGAUAUACAUACUGAAUUGGAGAUAGGACACAAAAGUAUCUUGUUUGACUAUUGCAAUUCGAAUUUGACUCUUGUACCAGAUUUUAACAUUAGUUUUUCCUUUGUGAGAAUAAAUUGCUAUAUUUAUGAGUUGAAUGACUCAAGACUAUGCGAAUUCUUACUAUUGUUUGGAGCAAUGGGAAUUCAGGUUUUUAUGGAUCUCUGGUUUUGCCUCAUUCUUUGAAUUGUUUGAUUGUAUUGAUUAGGUUUAUGCCUGUUCAUACAAAAAUGAUAAUCGCUAAAUCUGAGGAUAUUAGGCACUUGAUAAUGUUGAGACAUGGGCCAUGGGCUACUAGAGCUUUUUGUUAUUGCAACAUGCAGUUACCUCUUUGUACCUUGGCAUAUGACUUGGAUUCUUAACAACUCAUGAUGGUGCUAUAUUGGAGCUUUUGGCAUUAUUUGUAUAUUUUGGGCUUUAGACUUAUGCACCUGCCUUGCCCGUCACAUUCUGGAAAACAUAUUUUUUCCACUAUUUGGCGGGGUAUUUUCUGUAAGACUCUUGGAUGUGACACGUUUCACGAGGAUAAAUUGGAAAGUUUUAAGUUUGUCUAUCUAAUUUUUGGAGUAGGGCAUAGUUUUAGUUAACUCUUCUCAUUUUGUAUGUUUUCUAAUUUACUUGAUACAAAACAAGGUGCUAAUCUAUAGGCUAUAUAUUUUAUGUAUCAGCAGAUUUAAGGAAUUUUGCUGCAGUUGCAUUGAAUUCUAUUACAUUCUACCACUUGUCUUUAACAUACACUUGAUGGAAACCUUCUUGCCACUUUUUGAAGUUAAAAUGCAAAAAGCACGUGGGAGACCAAUGUGUCCUCAAAUUCUUUGAAAGCUUUAUGGAAAAUGUAAUUGGAUUUGGAGGAAGGCGUGAUCAUACUGCAUUCAUAAGAAUAAGUGCAACCGGUGAAAUGAGCGGAAGCAGAAAACGCGGUUCCAAGUGGGAUUCAAAAGAGGAACGCCAACAUUCUCUUGAAAAUGUACGAGACAGCGCUUGGCCUGCGAAAGCAGGUAUGUCUUUUCAUGAUAGAGAAUCAGAACAUGGAUAUUUCUCUCCAGAGGUUGGUAGGAAUUGCAACAAGUGGUCUGUUGCCAAAGCCAGUGACAUGAUGAAAUCUAAGCAUGGACUGCCUUCAAGGGAAUCUUUACCUGGAAGCAGAGGUGGCCAAAAGGAUGAUAACAUCAAUGUUGACUGUGUCAAAAAUUGGAAAACUACAACUCUGUGGGAUGGGGAUGAGACUUACAGCAUGAAAAUGUCACCUGGCCUUGAGGAUUGGAGGCAACAAAAUCGCCACCAUUCUCCUAAAAGUGAUUGGAGCAGGUCUUACAGUAUGUCUCCAAUCUAUAGUUUUACCCACAGAAGCAGGAGUAGGAGCUGGAGCAGAAGUCGUAGUAGAAGCAGGAGCCGAAGUCCAGUUCGUGGCAUUAGGCGGCAAUCUGGAUUCCAUGAGAGAACCAGAAGUAGAUCUGGAGUGUCAACUCAAUUAUGUAAAGAUUUUAUGGCUGGGAGAUGCAGGAGAGGCAGUCAAUGCCACUUUCUUCACCAAGAUAUUCAAAGUGAUGAGGAUGGUUGGGAUAAUAGACAAAAGAGAGGUGGCAUGUCAAAAUAUUUUACUCCCAAUGAUGGUAAAGAUUAUCUGAUUAAGAGUGGAAGAUCCACUGAUUGCUGUGCUGAUUAUCUGAAAGGUAACUGCCGUAAGGGCGCAUCAUGUAGGUUUGCUCAUGAUGGUGCUUCUGAUGGCUUUAGUAGAGGAUCAAUAAACGAGGUAAGUAGGGAAAGAGAAAAUGACAAGAGGAACAGAGUUACAACUCCAGAGCGACAUGUUGAGCAUGAAGCUCGAAGAAGCAUGGAUGUUCCUUGCAAAUACUUUGCUGCCGGAAACUGUCGUAGUGGAAAAUAUUGUAGGUUUUCUCAUCAUGGUGAGGCACGUGCAAGUCCUGAAAGAAGGUCACGAGGUGAUAGGGGUGGAUGGGGUCAAACUUCUGUUAGUGUGGAUAAGUUGCUGGGUGGUGCAAAAUCAAGAGAUGCAGAUGCUUCAUUCAAUGUGGAGAAAUCUUGGAAUGCUCCAAAAUGGAGCAAUGCUAAUGCUUCAAAUGAAGGUGAGAAAUCCUGGUCUGGUCCAAAAUGGGGUGAUGCUGAUGCUUCAAAUGAGGUGGACAAAUCAUGGACUGGUUCAAAGUGGAGUGAUACAGGUGCCUACUUAGGGGCUAAUAAGUUGAACAAGGAAACAAAUGGAAAAAUGGGUGCCUCUGAACCAAGAUUCUCUGAUUGGUCCUUGGAUGAUAGAUGGCAGCAUGACUUUGAUGCAAGUGGAAAGAACGGUGAGAGUAACGUGCAUUAUAAAACAGUUGAUAUUGACAAGGAUGAAGCAAUUCCGAGGAAGAUAGAAAAUGCCGGUGUUAGUAUGGGUGCUGGGGAGUCACUUGGUGACAUGGAGAUGUCUCCUGAGUGGAAUUACGGGAUCCACUCUUCUGUUAAAAUACAACAUUCUCGCAGUUCAAAAUCAACACCUGUGGACUCAUCUGUACCAGCCCAGGAAAAGAAUAUGACUAAAGACGCCUCAGGUUGGGUGCAUGAUGAGCUUGCAGCUUCGCAGCCACUGUCAACUGAGAAAUCUAACUUUCAACAGGACCACAUGAUGAGGGGCAGCAGUGCUGUUGCAUUGCCAUGUGACAGUAAUGAUAUUAGCAGAAAUACUUCUGUUUCACGCAUUGAUCUAAAUUUUUCUACCAACAACCUGUCAAUGCCAAGCUUUGACCAGCCUGGGCCAAGUUCAAGUUCUUUACCUUAUUCAAGCUUAGGUGCAGUUGGACAAAGUCAAGUGGCAAUCCCUUCUAAUGAAGUAAAUAUGAAAGUUAUGCAAAACAGCCUGCUGUUUCAAGAGGAGAAACCAAGCAACAAACUAAAUAUUGGAGAUACAAAUCUAUUACCCGGUAAUUCUGGAACUCAGUCAACUCAGAAAAUGGUAAGCAGUGAACAGCUCACCCAACUUACCAAUCUUUCAGCCUCCCUAGCUCAGUUAUUUGGAAAGGGGCAGCAACUUCCACAACUUCAUGUUGCUCUUACUGCCCACGAUCCAAUGCAGGUGACUUCUUUUCCGAACUCUGGAGGACCUGUUGAGCCAGAUUCUGUGCCAACUGUACAGCCAGGUCAAGACAUUAUAUUCCAGGAGCAAUAUGACCCUAUAUCUGAUAGCAUUGGGCCUGUUAAGACACAGGACACAAAUACUAAGGCUUUAGUGAUAUCAGUACAUCCUGUUUCUCAGAAAAAUACUACAGAUGGUAAACCAGAACUAUCAACUAAUAAGUUAUUAUCGUCAUCUCAUGUGGAUAGCACAAAUGGUGGUGAUUUUCCUAAUGAUCACAGUUCCAAAAGAGAGCCUGAUUUUGAUAGUCAUAAGCUAAAUCAACUGAAGCCUCUUGCAAGUUCUGAGGUGACAAAGGAAAAUGGAGUUGAGGAAACCAAGAAAGCUGAAGACGAGAAUAAGAAUGGUCCAUCAGAGAACAUAGAUGCAGAAGACAGGACUGAUGAGGGCAAGAAGAGCAAGGAUGGUAAGGGAAUUCGUGCAUUUAAAUUUGCAUUAGUUGAAUUUGUCAAGGAUCUCCUAAAACCAACAUGGAAGGAAGGUCAAAUUGGCAAAGAGGCUUACAAAAACAUUGUCAAGAAAGUUGUUGACAAAGUGACUGCUACAAUGCAAGGAACUAAUAUUCCUCAAACACCUGAAAAAAUUGAUCAAUAUCUGUCAUUUUCAAAGCCAAAGCUUAGCAAACUUGUACAGGCAUACGUGGAAAAGUUUCAGAAGAGCUAAAAGAAACAGGGAUAGCCAUGUCUUCUUGCUUUAUUAUUUUUGCAGCUUCUAGAAAUGCUAACGUCUUAAAUUUCAGUUUAUAUGUUUUAUUCCUAGGAGGCAGGGUUAAGUAGUGACUUUUUAAACUCCAUGUAGAUAUAUAUUCUGUAUUACAAGUUUAACAUAUGAUGUUGGCACUUGCUUCUGCAUAUGUGUGGGUAGUUUGUAGCAGUUGUGAUCAUUUUCUGAAUCUAGUGUCUGAACUGACAGUGAUUGUUUACUCUUUUAUCAUCCUGCUUAUUAAUAUAUCUAGGGUUCUGUGUGCCUAAGUUUGAUGUUUUUGACAUUUUUGAAACUUGGCACCUUUUGGUCUUUGUCAUUUAUAUAUUUGUCAGUGCAGAGAAAGAAGGGUGGUUCUUUUUAUGAUUUCAUAUAAAAAUGAAUGAAUGAAUGAAGUACAGCAAAAAGAACUAAUAAAAUGAGGGGAAAAUGUAGUAAAUUAAGUAAUUUUUGUUGUAAGUUUGAAUAUAUAUAGAUAAGCAAAAAAAUAUGAUAUUUUGAUUUAGUGAGCAACAAAUAAAAUUUCCUUUUAUAGCUCGAGCUGGAUUGGGUUGAAAUGGUCUGAGGGUGUAUUUGUGAAUAUAUUCUAAUAUAAGUUGCAUGUGUCAUUCAUAAAUAUUGAAAUGAUGAAAAGGGUUUACUGGGUGAAGUAGGAGAUGAAUAUCUUACUUUCAUAGAUGCCUAAAAAAUGCUUUAAACCACACCAUACCAUGCCUUCAACUCCUUGGUCCUUGUUGUAAGUACAUUUGAGUCAUUGAUAUUAAUUUAAUUCAUUAAUGCAGGUAGUACAGAAAAGAAUUAACUCAUUAAUUGCAGCAUUUAUGACAAUUGUACAUUUUGGCUGUUGAGAUUGCCCCGACUUAUAUUUAAUUAAGUCAUGGGGUUGCCUAUCAAGACUCUAAUCCCACGACCUACCUGUACUUCAACCCAAAUAUUUGUUGGUAAUUAAUUCAACA